GUGAUGACUACCCUAACAUCCAUAACUACCUCUGCGGAAGCUAUUCAAAUACAGUUUUCAGGACCGCUUUCUCCAACAGUUAGACAUGUUCAAUUGGUGGCGGCUGCUCACACCAGCCUUCAGGGGCAAACCUCCUUUCACCCAAUAUCUCAGACAAAGUGGACUCACGGAUAAAAGGAAGGGCCAGAUAGGGUAAGCGCUCCUUGCUACUCCAAUACACAUUGAUAUAUCGGAUGAGCCGUCUCUCGAACUUUAAAUCGUCUUCUGAUCCCCAUUGCCCCGUGGGGUGACAAACCUUUCUCGGAACCCGCACCCUUCGCGCAGGCUAGUGAUUCCGGGGGAAAGGAGCAUAAUAUAAGGUUGUCAUGUCGUCUGGCAAUGCAUUCGUACUGGUGAGAAGCCUCUGGUCGCGAAGCUAGAGCUUCCUGUCCGCCUCGCCAUUCUGCAGCCCAUUACGUCCACCUUUAGCUCUGGGCUGAAGUUUACCGUUGGUCUCUCGGAGCCGGUUAUUCUGGAUCAAAGCAAUUGGUUGAUGCUGUAUAGCUCUCCGCAGUGAUCCACUCUACCAAAUAAAUUUACACGAGUCAGUCCAGCCUUCGCGUCUAUAAUCGGGGAAAGAGAUAGCGGAUGCUCCUCCAGGCAUAGGGUAUUGAUUGCUGUGUCUCUGGCGUAACGCUGAUCCCAUCGAUAGCUUCAUCACGAUAUCGCUGCAUCGCUAUCUGCGUGCUUUCUGGAGAAAUGUAUCUGUCUCUCGUGACAGACGCGAAGCAGGCAGAGGCCGCGCAGGCGCGCGGCUCACGACCCAGUCCCGAAAGCGGCAGCGAUAAGGGCGGAUCUUGUCACCGAUAAGAAGGGUAGCGCACGGGGACUUCAUCGCGCCGAAACCUGUUGCUUGUAAGCGAGAUCAGAUUGACUGGCAACGUGGGCGGCGGAAAGGCGGCUGCCACCGAGGCGAAGAACGGAAAGUCUACCCGUGGGGAACGCAUUGCCGAGGGAUCCAGCCGGCCGGGUACGCUAAUACGCGCUAGGCUGUAUUAGGGAUGGUCGGUUACUAGGCCAGUAUUCUGGAUUCAAAUAUUACUCUCCCACCCCAGGGAUACUGGUGGGUGUGUGGGUAAUGGGAUGUAUUCGGCGGAGGCAGGCUUGGUUGAGAUGCCCAUCUCCACCGGGCACUGAGCAACAAUAAUGCGGGGUAGCUACGGUUUGAAGCAUAUUCAGGGCUAUGGCUGCUGACGCCUGAGAAUUACUUCCCCUGCGAAUGGAAGGAUUAUUAUCUGAGAACACUGCCAGUCCGAAGGAGAAUUAGAGUUGCAAAGCAGAGCUGAUAACGGCGCGAAAGACUAUCGUGGACACCUGGUGACUCGUGGGGUAAUUAAACCUCUAUCCGUCUUGUUUGUUUCACGAUUGGAGGAUGAUAAAUCGUCGGAUAUAGCGAGCUCCACCUUCUCCGCACGGCCAAGGUCCCUUUGGCCGGGACGUAGAGCUGGAGCUGGCAGCUUUGAGCUCUACGCCAAUCAUCAGUGCGCUAUCUCUGACUGAAAAACUGGAGGCGAAUCCAGCUGGCUAGAAUCCGAAAUUCUUCAGAUAUUUUCUGGGUUGGGCCGUGGCCGUGGUUUUGGCUUUAUAUUUCCAGCUUCGAAAACCCAGGUACGGCCCCGUACUUAAUAUCCGGGGUAAUCCCACUUGGAGCUGCUUGCUUUCACCCGCAAAAAUCUGUGUCUUUUCGACUCUGCCACAGGUUUGGCGUAUUAUCAGCAGCUUAUACAAAGCUGACCGCGAAGUCCUGGUUGGUCUUUAUCCAGUGAUAUCGUUACUCUAUUGCGUUUAACCACCCUUUCCUUCCCUGCCGGGCCUCACCGAAGACGAAAUCUGACGCCGCCGGUCGAAAUGGCGCCCAACCACCUCGAUCGUUCGGACCUCGUCCCAGGGACAGUCCAUCUGGUGGACGUCGCUGGAGAGGCAGGAAAUUCGAAACGCGAAAAAGAUAUUGUUUUAGUUCCUCGACCGAGCGCAGACCCGGAAGAUCCUCUGAAUUGGAGUCGUCGUCGCAAAUUAUUACACAUGGCCAUGUUGUUCAUCUAUACCCUCGGCGUGGGUAUUCCAACGACCUUACAAUACAGUGUGCUCGCGGAUAUUACACGCGAUACCGGUAUAACUACUGCUCAAUUGGUCAACGGUACCGGGCUCAUGUUCUUAUUUCUCGGAUGGGGAUGCCUGCUCUGGCAACCUAUCGCAAUUACGUACGGCCGUCGCGGCGUUUACGUCCUUUCAUGUCUCUUCUGCGUUCCCAUGAUGGUCUGGACGGCAUACUCCAAAUCCUAUGGAGAAUGGUAUGCGCAUCGAAUUAUUAUGGGUCUGGCCGCCUCGCCCAUCGAAUCUCUCCCAGAAGUGUCGAUCCCCGACAUAUUCUUUGCUCACGAGCGUGGUAGAUGGAUGGGCGGUUAUGUGCUAUUCUUGUUUGGAUCGAACUUUAUUGCUCCCCUUAUCGCGGGUUGGUUCAACGACGCCUACGGGUGGCGAUGGGUUAUGCAUUUCGGGGCAAUGAUCAGUGCAGUUGCCACAGUUAUUAUCUUUUUCUUCAUGGAAGAAACGCUGUAUUUUCGAAAGACCGUCGAAGGUGAAGAGUUAGACGUCUCAUCAAGUGAUGGGAAUUCCCUUAAUCGAGAAAACUCGAAGGAGAAGCGAGAGGUCCACGCCGCAUCCACCUCCGAAAACGUCGAAUCAUUCCCGCUUGCACGCACCUAUAUUCAGAAGUUAAACCUCUUCGUCUUUCUACAAGGACGACCAACCAUCAAACAAAUGCUCACGAUGAUGUACCGGCCCUUGUUGAUCAUUCUCUAUUUCCCCUGUACCUCGUGGGCAGGAUUCCUUUACGGUAUCAACCUGUCUUGGUACAACGUGCUAAACGCCACCGCCUCCCCCGUCCUCUCCGCAGCUCCGUACAACUGGACUGCGGCGCUUGUUGGUUCCGCCUAUGCGGCACCUAUCAUUGGAGCUAUCUUUGCCUGCGCUUGGUCCGGAAUCGUCGCUGAUAAGGUUGCGAUCUAUCUUGCUCGACGUAAUAAGGGUGUCCGUGAACCAGAGCACCGUCUGUGGCCGCUUGUUGUCUCCGGUGUCGUAUCCACUGCCGGUCUGAUUAUAUGGGGCGUUGGCGCUUCGUAUGGAGUACACUGGGUUGGUCUUGAGUUCGGCCUUGGCAUGCUUGCGUUUGGCUGCAUCACAGGAGGCUCUAUCGCCAUCUCCUACAACAUCGACUGCUUCAAGGAACUCAGUGGUGAAUCGAUGGUGUCUGUAAUCAUCAUUCGCAACACCCUCGGAUUCGGGUUUAGCUAUGCUAUUACCCCUUGGAUUGAGGCGCAGGGUCUCCGUAACUGCUUCAUCACGGUGGGUAUGGUUUCGCUCGCGACGACGGCUACUUUCUUAAUUAUGACAGUCUGGGGCAAGAAGCUGAGAAAAUUCUCGAGGGACAAAUACUGGGAAUACGUCUCUACAAGCGUCGCUGGAACUAUUUAAUCUGUAUGGGGUAUUGGGUUGGCCUUUUUCUUUUUGAUGUGUAACAAGAAUUACUCUUUGGAGUCAUGAUAUUUUUAUCUGAAAAUUCUG